AUGAUCCAAGACUCUGGCCGCGCCGAUGUCGCUGCACUGCUUUUGAGGCAUCUUUUGGACACGUAUGCAGGUGUGCAAGCGGCACAAGAGGCUGGUGCGGAGCAGCUCGCUGCAAAAGUCAGGUGAGCUGCUGCAGACUUUGCUCGACUCGCCGUGCCGCCGGAUGCAACUGACCACGUUCCGACUUUUCAAGUCCUCUGCUCCUGCUGCAAUGCAUUACGCAACUUCUGCAAGCAUUUCAAGAACAGCUUUUGAAAGCAGAGCCCGAUGUCGUCCUGAGUUUCAUCGAUUUUGCGUUGCGCGGCACCAACAUCGCGGAAGUCUCUCCAAAAAAAUCCAAUCUACAGGCACCACUGAUUGUUCCCCUUCCUGCGGAUGGCAGCCACUCGCAACUUCCUGACGGUGCACUUGACGACGAGACCGAGGCUGCAGCAGAUGGAAGUGGCAGCAUGGAAAUGUCCACCGAGCUCGUUUGCGUUGCGCUGGAGCUGCUGCUUGCGUUGCUGGAGGGUGAGGCUCGUCCACCGCUUCGGCUUGGUGUCAAGGGCGUAUGCUAUGCUGACCACAAAUCAACUCGAAUUCGCAGGCCAUCCUGACAUGACGCCUUCUAGCCACACAUUGCUUCACGGUAUUGCAAGGUUCGCCGAUCACCAUGCGGCGGGUGACGUUAAAGUUGCUAAACUCGCGCGAGAAGUUCAGCUAGUGUUGCUGGCCAGGCGGCAUAGCGCAAGAGGUCCAACAGCCGGCAAGAGGGCCUCUGAGACCUCAUCACCUGUGCAACGUGGAAAUGCUCUUUACAACAAAGCCUUGCGGCUCUUGCAAGAUCCUAUUGUGCCCGUACGCGCUCAUGGUCUCACGGUGCUUGGCGAUCUGGUGCGCGAGGCCGAUGGAGUUCGAAUGGAAGCUGCGCUGGUACCUGCGCUCCUCGACAUUCUGAUUCAGAUUGUGCAAGACGAAGAGUCAUUCUUGUAUCUGAACGCCAUCAAGGUGCUCGCUGCGCUGGCUCGACGCAGAGACUCGGACUCUAGGACCCUGGGCCGUCUAGUAGAUGUUUACGUUGGUGCCAUCUCCCCACGAUCCUUAUCGAUGCAUGCUAGCGAGCUCGACAAACGCCUGCGAGUAGGCGAAGCGCUGCUGCUCGUCAUCAAACAAAGCGAGAUUCAAGGUGGGUCGGAGUUUGGAUAGGCGUCCUUUGCGCUGCCUUUGUUCAUGCUUUUUUUCUUCAUCCACGAUCAUAGCAACCGAACUCAUCGCACCACUUUUAAGCGCUCUCGCCAGUGCCUAUGUGCCCGCCACUCUGCGAAGCAGCGUCAUUUCGGUGCUUGGCACUACUGUGGAGGCGAAUCCUCUGCGCAUAGCUGCGACUGGACACGCGGAGCAAAUGGCGCUUGCGAUGUUCGACCUAUUAGCUCUCGAGCUUCAAGGAGCAAAGACGAGCGCUGAAGUCGACGAGAAAGAAAAGAGAGGUGGAGCUGGGAUGGAGGAUGCCAGCAAGCCUGCACAACUGCGGCGAAGCGCUUUUCAUCUGCUCGCUUUACUGAUACGAGGAAGCAAGCACCAGAUCGAAGCGUUGCAGCAGGACCGCGGUCCAGCAGAGUCUUUGAGCUCUUUGCGUCUGCCAAAUGGCUCGAAUCUGCCUUCCAUCUCUGCCAAUGUGGAUGCGCACAGGGCGAUCCAGGAAGCAGGACCACUGCUUUUUGAUCCUGCUAAAGCCCAGAUGGUCGAACGCGCUCGAACGUUGUCGAGCUAUGCGCGGGCUGUAGAUGUGGAUGCAGUCGUCCAAAUUCAAGCUGGCGAACUUCUUGCAGAUCUCGAGGCGCUGCAGGUCGUAUACCUGCAAUCGAAUCGAUGA